UGGUCAGUUCUCGAAGAUUUGAUUUGAGAAUAAGUUUAUAUUUUUUGGAAAUAAGAAGCAAGAAAAGCAGAUACUGAUCAAAACGCAGAGGCAUCCGGGUACUAGGCCAGCCCUCACAAUGUCUGUCCCUGUACGCUACUCCUCUGCUGCCGCCGAAUACGCCGCCGAAGUUGAUUGUGAGUUGGAGAGCACUCUGCAACAGCAGCAACAGUUGCACUUGCAACAGCAAUACGAGCAAUACCAGCACUACCAGUACCAACGGGAGCAGGAUAUCGCCUACUAUUGCCAGUUGCAGGCGGCGCGGCAGCAGGAGCAGUUGAUGCAGCAGAGGACAUCGAUGUCGUCGUCGGUUAUGCCAGGCCUAGCCUUGCCCCAGGAUCACCAGGACCACCCAGCCGCCCUUUUGAACGGACCCCACAACAACAACAUCGGACUCGCCAUGGACGCCCACAGCAUCAACGCCAUUCUGGUCGACGACGAGCAGCCCUCGACUUCGGCCCAGGCUGCCGCCGCUGCUGCCGCAUCCGCGGGUGGAUCUGCUGGUGCGGGAUCGGGAUCGGGAUUGGGUGGUGCUAUCGGUGGGGGCAAGCUGGCCAACGGCAUUAACCGCAAUGCAGAGAUGCCAACUGAUUGGAUGAGGAUUGCGGACGAGGGCCGGUAUGGGACACCGGGUGCUGCUGGCUUGGAAUAUCAGAAGUACGAACAACAACAACAACUGGAGGAUCUGGCGGAGUCCGAGGCAGGAGCCGUCGGUGGAGCCAGCAACAACAACGGCGAAUCGUCGUCGUCCUUGAAAAAGCUAGAGGAUCAGCUGCACGCCCUCACCUCGGACGAGUUGUACGAAACCCUCAAGGAGUACGACGUCCUGCAGGACAAGUUCCACACGGUGCUGCUGUUGCCCAAGGAAUCAAGGCGUGAGGUUACUGCCGGAGGACGAGAUGGAUCCGCCUACGUGCUGCGCUGCCUGAAGAUGUGGUACGAGCUGCCCUCCGACGUCCUGUUCUCGGCCAUGAGCCUGGUGGACCGCUUCCUGGAUCGCAUGGCCGUCAAGCCGAAGCACAUGGCCUGCAUGAGCGUGGCCUCGUUCCACUUGGCCAUCAAGCAGCUGGACUUGAAACCCAUUCCCGCCGAGGAUCUGGUUACAAUAUCUCAGUGUGGUUGUACCGCUGGUGAUCUGGAACGCAUGGCCGGCGUGAUUGCCAACAAGCUGGGCGUCCAGAUGGGACAUGCACCGAUCACUUCUGUGAGCUACCUGCGCAUCUACUACGCCCUCUUCCGCAACUUGGCGAAGGAGAUCGGCGGCGACUUUUUCAAGUUCUACCAGCAGCUCAUCAAGCUGGAGGAACUGGAGAACCGCCUGGAGAUCCUGAUGUGCGACGUGAAGACCACGGUGAUCACGCCCUCGACGCUGGCGCUGGUGCUCAUCUGCCUGCACCUGGACUUCCACAUCAAGGAGUCGUACACCCGCGGCAGUCCGGAGCUGAAGCACGUCUUCGAGUACAUUCUCUUCCUGCAGCAGUACAUGAGGAUUCCUGAUCGCGUUUUCACCUGCGGCUUCAGCAUCGUUUCGGGUAUUCUGUCCCAUUACAACGGGCAGAACAAGGCGCCCUACAAGCAGCGGCUUGUCUGGAAGCUGUCCAGUCGCACGCUGCGCGUCUUGCGCCCGAUCAACCGCUUCUCCUCCGACCUGCCCACCAUUGAGGAAGGCAUCCCCAACGCCCUCGACGAUGGCCUGCGUUCUAGAACCGAGAGUAUUAGCUCCGAGGAGGAGGAGGACUGGCCCACUUCACCCAUAAUUCCAAUUUUCGAACAAUGUUAGUAUCCAGCGACAGCCAGCAGCAGUAGAGCAGCAGGGUCAACAGCUGGGCAAAACUGGAGCAGCGGACAAAAGGACCAUCAACCAGACGUAAUCGCGGGACACACCUGACACCUCACACCUCCUGCUUUCCUGGCACUAGGCAUAUCCCAUAGCAGCAGCAGGAGGGUGGAAAUCUCCGCAGAGGAUGUGUGUCCGUGAGAGCGUUCCGCGUGCGAGUGUAGUAGUGCUGGUUGAGGUAGAGUGUGUAUAUUUUGCUAAAGUGCAUCAUAAUUCUUUUGGCAUACACACAAAUGUGUAUUUGGUAGCGCGCUGGUUCUAACAUUUAAGAAACUAUUGAGAUACGGAAAUGUGGGCGCCAAGGUGACGCAGCCACGCCCACCCCUUUUGAAAAGUUACCCGAGAGUAGCGCCCCCACAUUUUUUCGAUUUAUUUGCGGCAGACAAAAAAAUACGUGAAAAAAAAACAAAAGCAAAAAAAAAUAUAAAAAAAAAAUUAAAAAGAAUGCUGCGGACCAUCAUACAAAAGAUUGAUGCCGUUCCGGAUCAUUAUUCGAGAUCAGUGAGAAAGAGAAUACGAUUUGAGAAUUGCGAACCCACGCCGAAAUCCCGAACAUCUGGAAUGGGACAGCAGUUUUUUGUUGGUUGCGCUUGAAAGCGUAAAAAAAAAAUUCAAAACCCCGAAAGGAAAACUUCCAACAAAAAGAAAAUACUUUCUACAAACCCCUAAAUAAGUUGUCACUCUAUGUUCUCUAUGUUUGUCCCGAUUCUAUCUGUUAAUGUAGAAGCCCCGAAUAAUCAAUGGACCCAAAAACAUCAACAAAAAUCAUAAAAUAUAAAAAAAAGUACAAAACUUCUUUAUGUAUAGACCGACCUAAAAGAUAAGCUAACACAAAAACACAAACACAAGGUCGGAUCAGAUUAAUCAGUAAUUUUAGCCGCGCUCAAAAAACACGAGAAAGCCCAUAGAAAACUAAAGUAUAAUUCGCCGCCUGUAUUGACUAAGAACUCUUAACAAUAAUAUAAUAACUUUAAACAAGGUACAAUAUGUAGUGUGUGUCUAGUAGAUUUUUCUCUGUAUAACAAAAUCAAAAACCAAACAAAAGCGAACUCAAUUUCCGCCCUAGAAAAUGUUUCAUUAUCAUACGCAGCUAAGCAAACUUGUUAUUUCUAUAUGAUUGUUUAUCACUCGAACAACCAACCAAUUAAUCAAUCAAUCAAGUCGAAGGCAUUGAAAUUUAGUUCGAGUCCUCUUUUUUAUAUUAUACCUUCUUCACAUAAGAUGCACAUGCUAAAGCUUCUUUUUUUGUUACGUAAUAUUAUUUAACUUAUUAAACAAAUUGUAAACCGAAUCACAUUCUUAUGUUGUACCAUAUGAAACUACCCAUUAAACCCUAGUUUAAAGCAAAACCAGCGUUGAGACAAGGCCAAAAAUUCAAUUCAAUUCAAAUUGAAGCGCGGCGAGCAUUGAGCAGAAAUUAUGAUGCAACAUUUAGCAAGAUGUACCGAGAGGGUCGAGCGAAGAGUUUUAGAGAGCAUAGGCAAACUAACGCAGAGCAUAAAACAAUUGAAAUUUCGAAAAUUCAGAAAACUUUUAUUUAAAUCCACUUGGCAGCGGAAUGUGCAAACUCCUGUCUGUAAAUUUGAAUAAAAUGCGUUUGCCCCGCCAAAGGGGCAUUCAGAUUUCAUGAAUAUUUACAACAAACUCGCCUGUUUUAUUUCACUCCGUCCGUGGCCAUCCGCUGGCGUGACGCCAGACGCAGUGCAGCGGCGACUCCGGCGAAAUGUGAGUACACCAGCACCAGCACCAUUUCCAUAACCCCGACUUCCGAUCGAGUGUAAAUAAGCCCGGCGACUUUGCUGUAAAUAUUCAAGUUCUCUCAACUAACAAUUGUGCAAUAGAUUCCCUAUACUUCAGUAACCUUCUGAACCACAGCCUGAAGAUCAGUUCUGUGAAAGCUGUGAGUGAGAAAGCAGAAUCCGAAUACAUUGUUAACACAGUCGAAAUGCGAAACAAAUAAUUAUAUUUAAGCGACGGAGAUCAUCAUGUGUUCGUUUAAGCUUAGUCCACUAUAAAUAACAGCCAAUUGACGAUUAGGCGAUUAAGAGAAAGGUGAAAGCGGUGAAAAUAUGUCUAGCACUAAGUUUUUCUACCAUCGACUGCCACGGGCUGAGAUUUCAUAAUUUUAACAACUAGCAAAUUUUACAUUGUAUUUAGCGCGGAGUUAGUUAAAUAUUUGCAAGUAUCAACAUCAAAAACAUGAAUGAAAAUCUCAAUUAUUGUAUAUUUAGUUUUUAUUUGACGACUACUUUUAUUCAUGAUAACAAUGAUGGUGGGCAAUUGCCCAUCGUCAAGUUUUGAGCUUAUAUUCGGUUGAGGUUUACACUUUAGGAUUAGUUACCACACGAAAUGAAUUCAUACUGUACAUUACGAACCACUCAUUUUAUUUAUUUUAAAUUACAUCCUGUAACUAACAAUUAGACUCUACUUUAGGCGUCCACCAGAAUCAUUAUAAGCAAAUGGAUCAUUGUGUAAAGAAAUGUGGAACAAGUUGUUUGAAAACAGCUGAAGCUCGUGAUUUAAAUCAUUAUACACAUUACAACAAAUAAAUGGAAAAAAGUAUUAUUAAAUGGU